AUGCGACUAUUGAAGGCGAACCCUGUCGAUCCUCCAACUAGAUUUGUUCCCCGCAUCCCGCGUUCCAUGGAAGACAGCCACUUCCUUCGUGGACACGCCUUUGAGUUCCUUAACCGCCCAACGGCUGCCUCGCAUUUGGUCGAGCCGCUCUACACUACACUACGGGCAGUUUUGAGACGAGACGAACAGAAGUCUAGCUUCCGUCUUCCCCGGCGCAACUCGCCGACCUGCUAUCCCUACAAGGACACCUUCGCGGAUAAGUCUGCCACAGGCUUCUGGUGGUUGUGUGCGCCCGUCAAGCUGUCUCUGACGACACUGUAUCCUUUCUUGCACAAUAGUGGAUGGGAGACAUCGACUUCCUGUCUCGAAACCUCAUGGUGGGCUUGUGCUCGGACGCUUUGCCCAGGACCCUACCUGUCCGGCGUGCUUGAUACGCAGCUCAUAAUGCCGCCGCGCCGCCCUUCUGCACGGCUUCCUGCAGCUAAGCCCACGGACGUUGAGAGCAAGUCGGCAGGCUUAUGCUACAGGGAACAGCCUAGCAAUGCAACCUUCGAGUCAAAGUCACCCCAUCCCCGAUACUGCCCUGUCCGCUACUUGGUGCAGAACGGAAUAGCUGCUUCGAUGGCUGUCAUUGUGCAGCGUCUGCCUAUAGCGGCUUCUGGGUAG